AUGCCACACGGGAAUGCCAGUGAGAAAAUCAGUACUCAUCAUUGCCAGAGGCUUAAUCGAAUUUUGCAUCCGCUAAGGGGAAAAUCACAUCCUUGUCUCAAAUUCCGUCGUAUUUUGCAUCGAGCUGUACAAGACAUUGAUGCCAUCACUGAAGAGUUGGCAAAAGCCAAGGAGCAGUACCAGCUUUUCAAACAUCAUCUACAAGCAGGAACAGAGCAGCCUGCCUCCCUUAAUGUUUUACCAAUACCUACUUAUCAACUUAUCACCAUGCCUGAUUCUUCCCACGCUGCUUCACACACCAAGGAAAUAAUGGUUGGAAAACAGGAUGAAUUCGAGAUUUUAAAGGAGAAGCUAAUCCAGCAUCCAUCUAAGCAGUUAGAAGUUGUCUCAAUUAAAGGUAUGACAGGUAUUGGUAAGACAACAUUAGCAAAGAAAAUUUAUGAAGAUCCAUCAAUCACUUUCUACUUUGAUAAGCGAGCAUGGACUGUCGCAUCACAACAUCACAAUAAGAGGCAAAUGCUCUUAGAUCUUCUUGGUUCCAAAGACGAUGCAAACAAAGGCAGUGAUGAGGACCUAGCAUUACGGCUCUACCAAAGUUUCAAGUGUGAAAGGUACUUGGUUGUGAUGGAUGACGUAUGGAGUGUAGAGGCAUGGGAUGCUCUCAAAACUUGCUUUCCCGAUGAUGGAUAUGGUAGUCGAGUAUUGUUGACUACUCGCCUUGUUGAGGUGGCUAAUCAUGUCUGCACCCAAAAUGACUUUUCUCAUCAAAUGCAAUUGUUAGAACAAAGUGAGAGUUGGAAACUAUUUAAUGAAAAGGCAUUUAAAUCUCGCGGUGCUGAAUUUGAAAUGAUUGGGAUACCAGUAGUUGAAAAAUGCAAAGGACUGCCUUUGGCAAUUAUUGUGGUUGCAGGCCUGAAUUUGAAAUGA